AUGAAAUUCCUGCGCCACGUUUUUGUUAUGGCCGCUCUUGCUCUUUACAUAUUGAUCCCUCGCAUCGAAGCAGUCAAAGCCGAUGGACCGACACAAGAACUGAUCAAUAGUAUAUGUAUUGAAAGCGAAGAUUAUGAACUUUGCAAUAAAAUCAUCCACAAAAACUUGAAGGCACCAGCGACUAAUCUCAAAGAUCUCACCUACAUCAUAUUCAGCAUCGCUAUCGAACACGCCAGUGAUACCUAUAUUUUCAUCGGUAACAUCUUGCGUGAACUAACUGACCAUGAGGAGAGGGUUGGUUUCAAUAUUUGUCUAAAUGUUUACAGUGAAGAAACCGCUAUUUUCUUAGAUGUACGCAAUGAGUUUCGUCACAAGGAUUAUGAACGUAUGAUUCUAGACAUUUCGUCCACAAUCGAGAUCUUGAAAAAUUGUAGGGUCGAUUUCGGUAUUCCUCCUUACAUGGAGAAUCCGUUGAUUGAGAAGAACAGAGUGAUGAAAAUCUUGAUCAACAUGUCUACUGUUUCGGGACGUAUGGUCAAAAACGGAAAUGCCUCUUUGCUUAGCUCACUAGUUUCCGGGCUUGAUUCUUUUUUCUUUCAAUAUUUAACUAAUUAA